AUGACUUCAACUUCAUCCACUGCUACAACUGGUGGUAUAGGUAGCAGCGGAGACACUGUUAUAACAGUUGUAGAUGAUAACAAUUGGAAGGAUACGUUGAAGCUACCAAAGAAGGAUGAGAGGAAGCAGACAGAGGAUGUAACGGCAACAGAGGGUAAUGAAUUCGAUGAUCUACAUUUGAAGCGUGAACUACUUAGAGGUAUCUAUGAGAAGGGCUACGUGCGUCCCUCACCCAUCCAAGAGAAGGCCAUCCCAAUUGCCCUCGCCGGCAAGGACAUCAUGGCCAGAGCCAAGAAUGGCACAGGCAAGACUGCCUCAUUCCUCAUCCCAUCACUAGAGAGGACUGAUCCAACCAAGAACUACAUUCAAGUUCUGAUCUUGGUACCAACUAGAGAGUUGGCACUACAGACAUCACAGGUGUGCAAGGAGUUGGGCAAGUACUUGAACGUCAAGGUGAUGGCAACAACAGGUGGCACCAGUCUAAAGGACGACAUUAUGAGACUGUACGAGACAGUCCACAUCCUCAUUGCCACACCAGGUAGAAUACUUGACCUAGCACAAAAGAACGUCGCCAAUCUCUCAAACACUCAUACCAUGAUCAUGGAUGAGGCUGACAAACUACUGUCACCAGAGUUCCAACCAUUGAUUGAACAACUUAUCAGUUUCCUUCCAGCGCAAAGACAGAUUCUGUUGUUCUCUGCGACAUUCCCUGUGACGGUCAAGGCAUUCAGAGAGGCUUACUUGUCAAAGUCGUACGAGAUCAACUUGAUGGAUGAGCUGACACUCAAGGGAGUGACACAGUACUAUGCAUUCGUCGAGGAGCGCCAGAAGAUCCAUUGUCUCAACACGCUGUUCUCCAAGCUGCAAAUCAACCAGUCGAUCAUCUUUUGUAACUCUGUCAAUCGUGUCGAGCUGCUGGCCAAGAAGAUCACUGAGCUCGGCUACUCGUGCUUCUACAUCCACGCCAAGAUGAUCCAGGCACACCGCAACCGCGUCUUCCACGACUUUAGGAACGGACACUGCCGCAACCUGGUGUCGUCCGAUCUGUUCACGCGAGGCAUUGACAUCCAAGACGUCAACGUCGUCAUCAACUUUGACUUCCCCAAGCACUCUGAGACGUACCUCCAUCGCAUUGGUCGCUCGGGUCGUUUCGGCCAUUUGGGUUUGGCCAUCAAUCUCAUCACCUACGAGGAUCGAUUCUCCCUGCACAAGAUUGAGCAGGAGUUGGGCACAGAGAUCAAGCCCAUCCCACCCGUCAUUGACAAGUCGCUGUACACUGUCUGA